AAACUUUUGCUAAAGCAAACUGUGCUAUUAGGGAUAAAGUACUAUUAUUAUUCCGAGUGUGUGUGAAUUGUAUAGAGUCAAAUGCGCAUAUAAACAAGCAUGGCUGUAUUUACUUUUCUUGUUUUAAAAAAUGGUUUAUCAGUUAAUGAAUUUCUGUUUUAAUAUCAUGUGUAAUUUGACAAUUUACUCAUGUUCAUUGUUAUUGGUAUCGUGAAGACAAAUACGUAUAUACAUAUAUAUAUAUAUAUUUAAUUGAAGGUUACGCUAAUUUUAUUAGAAUAAAACUUAUGAGCACUUAUGAAAAACAUAAACUCAUGGAAGGGAGUGAUAAAAAAUCUGUUGCUGACAAUUUUGUCAAAAAAAUAAAGACACUUCUAAAUGAAAAAAAAUGCAACGAAGCAUUUGAAUACUUACUUGAAAUCAGCGCCGGAGAAAUUUUGGAUCAAAGAUCUUGGGAGUUAGUUCCUACUGUGGUAGAAUUUCUUAAUGAAGAUACUUAUUUGAAUAAUCUUAAUGUUUUUAAUACAUGUGUAAAAAUAUUAGAAACUGUUGCUGAUAAAUGUAAUCCCAAUGAAACGGUUCUAUUGUUUUUAGAACAAGUUGAAGAUUUUGAGAACGAUUUAAGAUUCCAAGCUCUGUUAAAUCCUUUAGCAAAGUCUUUGACAAAAGCUGAUCUAAAUAAAGUUAUUGAGUGGGUCGUAAGUACUAUAAGAUCUUAUAGUGAAAAUUUACCAUUACCAAGUAAUGAAAAACCAAGUGAAAUUAUUGCCGAUGGACACGGAAGAUCCGAUAAGCUCAGCACAAAACUAAAAUACCAAGAUCCAGUGAGUAAAAGACUAACCACAACAUAUCAAUCAAUUUCAUCUUUUUUAGAAUAUAUUAUCAACAAAUGCAUCAAUUUAAAUUCAAACCAUAAUACUAAAAUAUCAAUGUAUCUACUCAAUUUACAUCUAACACUUUUUGGUAAACCUUUUUCACAUUUAAAUAUCAAUGAAAAUGAUGAAUUGCCUGUUUAUGAGUCAUCAAUUAUUCAAAUGAGUCUUUUAACCGGUAACUUAAUGAAAUUUUUAAAAAUUAUCGAAGAGCGCAGUUUUAAACGGAUAACUAAAUCCAUAGAAGAGCGGAGAAUUGAUAUUGAUAAUAUUCCAAGUCUUGAGAUCCAAUUAUUCGAUGUUGAAAUUAGUGAUUUAGCUUAUGCAAAUUUCUAUUUUAUUCUCACGACUUCCGAGUCACUGAGUCAUUUGAUUCCACAAGUUUAUCAUCCACAUUAUUUAAUGAAUACGCUAUUCUAUCUUGCCAACCAUUUAAUAAAGCAACCAGAAUAUAAUUUAGUAUCAAAAGGCUUGCGGUUCAUUGCUAAAAUUUUAGAAAGAAUUCAAAUUGAAUCAGUUUCGCAAAAAUACGUGGAAUCGGCAGUGCAUCGUGAUUUAUUUUCAAGUUUAACGCAAGUAAUGGUUUACUGUGACUCUAUGCCAGAACGGAAAAUGGCUCUGGACAUUUUUCGUAAUUAUAUUGAACGUUUUACAAUGAGAGCACGAUAUUCAUUGAUAACUCAUUUAUAUGAGACGAGCAAUCAUUCAGGUUUACUUGCCUUAAUAAUAAGUAUUUUGAAAGAAUCAAUAAUAAAAUCAUUAGAUAGUAGAUCACCGUGUGAGUACUUUAUUGGCGAUAAAUUAGCGGUAUUAUUAAAUCGCAUUUGUAAACUUCCGAAUGGAAGUACAUCAGAUUUGGUUGAAAUUUCUGACGAAUUAAUAGCUGCAUUAAAUUUAUUAAGAUUUUUAAUUUUGAGAGAUAAAAACAACAUUACGGGUAUUUGGACAAUUAUAAAAAGUAUAAAAGAUAACUUUUUAGAACCAUUAAGAGAAGGUAUUGAACUUUCACGUGCUCAUUGGAAAGUCAAAAUUAAUGAACUCGAAGAGAAAAAAAUAAAUCAGCAUCGAAAAAAUAAAAUAGUAGAUGACAUUAGUGUAACAGUUGGAGGUGAAAAUUUACCGAAGAUGCCAACGGAAGAAACAAUAAAAUUUUGUUACUCUGCUUUGAAUGCUCUCGACAUUAUGGAAUGUAUUUUGACUCGAACUAACGAAUGUAUCCGAAGUUUAUGGACUUCCAAGUUAUUGCUUGCGUCUCAGUCAUCCUUGAUCGAAGGACAGAUAAAAGAUCAAUCCAAAUUUAAAAGCGAGCAAGAAUAUGAAGAAAAUAUAAAAAUUAAAAUCUUAUCAGCAUCGCUGCCAUUUGUCAACGAAUUUGGAUGGAGUCGACAAACUAUAAGUGCUGGUGCGGAGGCGAUUGGAUAUCCUGGAAUAAUCCAUGGAUUGUUUCCGAAAGGUGGAAUAGAAUUAGUUCAAUAUUUUUAUGCAAGUUGUAAUGCAGAGUUAAAUAAAAUUUUAAAAACUGAGGCAUUGGCGAUUGAAGAGAAUCCUACUAAGAACAAAAAACCACCAGAAGUUUACGUAAAAAAUGCUUUGGAAAAACGAUUGAGAAUGCUGGUGCCAUAUAAAUCGACCUGGCCGCAAGCAAUUACUCUAAUGACACUUCCACCUAAUGUUCCGAUUGCAUUGGCUAAUAUCCUCACUUUAAUUGAUGAUGUAUGUUAUUAUGCUGGUGACAGAUCCGUUGAUUUUAAUUGGUAUACAAGAAGAAUCGUUCUCGCUGGCAUUUAUAAAACCACAGAGCUUUAUUUACUCCAAGAUGAGAGUAAUGAUAAUAAAGAAACUUGGGAGUUUUUAGAACGAAGAAUAAAAGAUGCUCAUCAAAUUUACAGCUUACUCAAUGUAGCUUCUGACUUACCACCACCCGAUCGAGUUAUCAAUCGUGCUACAGAGGCAACAACUGCAGUUUUUGUGACGGCACGAAAUAUACUUGGUUUAAAUUGGAAUAGGUAAGAAGAUCGAUAUAUAAAUAUAAUCUACUGUAAUUAUGAUACUUGUAGUUAUUAAAAUUUGUAAUUAAAGAAAUCGUACCAAAAAACUUUGUUUUCAUGAAAAA